GCCUUUCCGAUAUCGAUAUCCAUGGCUGUUGAUUCAAAUCUCCCGUCUCUACUCGCUGCUCCGGCGUCUGACAAGGACUCGAAAGCUCUUCAGUUCAUUGAAGAGAUGACAAAAACUGUUGGUUCGGUUCAACAAAGGGUUUUACGUGAGAUCCUGAGCCGAAACGCCGAGACCGAGUAUCUCGAACGAUUCGGCCUCAACGGAGCUACGGACCAGGAGACAUUCAAGUCUCGAAUCCCCGUCGUUACUUAUGAAGAUCUCCAGCCUGAUAUUAAACGUAUCGCCAAUGGUGAUAAGUCUCCUAUCUUUUCAGCUCAGCCCAUUUCAGAGUUCCUCACCAGUUCUGGGACUUCAGCAGGAGAAAGCAAGCUGAUGCCAGCAAUUCAUGAAGAUUUAGAUCGUCGUCAACUCCUGUAUAGCCUUCUCAUGCCUGUGAUGAACCUUUAUGUUCCGGGAUUGGACAAAGGGAAGGGACUUUAUUUCUUGUUCGUGAAACCUUCGACAAAGACACCGGGUGGACUUUUGGCCCGUCCGGUGCUCACAAGCUACUACAACAGUGACCACUUCAAGACUCGACCGUAUGACCCUUUCAACGUCUACACAAGCCCCAACGAGGCCAUCCUUUGCAUGGACUCUUUUCAAAGCAUGUAUGCCCAAAUGCUUUGUGGCUUGAUCAUGAGAGACGAGGUUCUUCGUGUCGGCGCCGUUUUCGCCUCCGGCUUGCUUCGAGCCAUUCAUUUCCUUCAAACGAAUUGGAAAGAACUGGCCCAUGACAUCGGAAAUGGAACGUUAAACCCUAAAAUAACCGAUGCUUCGAUUCGGAAGUGCAUGAAGAAGAUCUUGAAACCGAACGCGGAACUAGCGGAAUUCGUUACCAACGAGUGCUCGGUGGAGAAUUGGGAACGGAUCAUCGUUAGAAUUUGGCCCAACACAAAAUACCUUGAAGUAAUCAUUACGGGAGCGAUGGCUCAAUAUAUCCCAACCCUUGAAUAUUACAGUGGUGGCUUGCCGAUGGCUUCCACCAUGUAUGCUUCGUCGGAGUGUUAUUUCGGUCUCAAUCUUAACCCGAUGUGUAAACCAUCCGAAGUGGCCUACACGAUCAUGCCAAACAUGGCGUACUUUGAGUUCUUGCCUCUUGAAUCACCAGCUUCCGGUCUUGUUGAUCUCUCCGAUGUCGAAGUCGGCAAAGAAUACGAGCUCAUCGUCACCACUUACGCUGGAUUGUACCGUUACCGAGUCGGCGAUAUCCUUCGCGUCACCGGCUUUCACAACGCGGCUCCGCAGUUCCGUUUCAUUAAAAGAAAGAACGUUCUGUUAAGCAUCGAGACGGACAAAACCGACGAAGCCGAGUUACAAAACGCCAUCGAAAAAGCUUCUCUUCUGCUCAAGGAAUUCAACACCAGUGUCGUUGAGUACACAAGUUACGCGGACACCAAACAAAUACCGGGUCAUUACGUUAUCUACUGGGAAUUACUUGUCAAGGACUCAGCAAAUUCCCCGACCGACGAUGUGUUGAACCAAUGCUGCUUACAAAUGGAGGAGUCGUUGAACUCGGUGUACCGUCGAAGCCGAGUUGCGGACAAGUCAAUCGGUCCACUCGAGAUAAGAGUAGUGCAAAACGGUACGUUUGAAGAGCUAAUGGAUUAUGCAAUUUCAAGGGGUGCAUCCAUAAACCAAUACAAAGUCCCGAGAUGUGUUAGCUUCACUCCGAUCAUGGAACUACUCGACUCAAGGGUGAUUUCAAAACAUUUCAGUCCAUGUUUACCACACUGGACCCCAGAACUACGUCGUUGAGAGCAAUGCAUAAAUUUAUUAGAAUUAUCAUCAGCUUUUAAAAAGGCUUGGGUUCAGUGAUUACGUUGAUUUUGGUUCAUGUCAGUUUCAUGUUUGUUU